UGUCUGUCAGCUUGUGUGACAAAUUCUUUCCAAUACAAAAAUGGCUGUCGCUGUGCAACAAAAUUUACUAAAAAUGGUUUCAGCGCAGCUACGCAACAAAGCAAACGAGUUUUUAAACUCUAGAAAAUAUGCCAAUAAUCUUGCAGACAUCUUGCAAAUGUUUGAGGCUGUUACAGACAAUUACUCGCCGCUACUGCUUACAAUUGAAGUCAUAUUUACAGAAUUAUUGAGACGCGGAGAUUUGAUUGAGGAAAUUGUACCAUUGAAACCUGCAGACCACAGCCCAGAAGCAGAAUACACAAGAUGGCUGCGCGAGUGCUACGAGACAGCGCUGGCCCGCACCUUGGAGUGUGUGACCCGUGGUCGCACCAACUCGCGCCUCCAGGCUCUUGUCACCGCCAGCAAGUUGCUGCAAGAAGAAGGAAAGCACCCACUUGAAAGCUCUUCUGGAUACUUCUUCCCAUCUAUGCGGCUUAAGAACAUCUUCACAGUUCUGCUAGAUUCUGAACAGUCCAUGUCGGCACCGAUAGCUCGUUUCCAGGAGUUCACUGAGUACAGAGAUGUGCAGCAAUAUGGCCUGAAGGUUCUCUCAGCACUUGCAUACAGAAAGUCUCCUACACCUAUUUACAUGCAAAACUAUCUGGAACUGCUAGACAAACUCCUGGUGACCGAGAUACAGUUUGACAACAAGACAAAACCUAAUAAAAACAGAGACAACGAAGAGAAGGAGGAAAAGAUUCUUUGUGGCUCUGAAGACAAAGCCCCAUUCCCGUAUAACCCUGGCGUGUGCCGGCGCUACGCUAAUCGCUGUUGGAGCUUUGCAUGCCAAUGGCCGCUGUGCGACGACUCGCGCACACACCGCCGCGCUCUUCUACUGUUAGUGGAGCGCCUCAUGCCGCUACUGGCUAGACCACACCUCGCCACAGAUAUGCUGUGUGACAGCCUCGACGCCGGUAAGGAUACUCUCAAGGCACAAAUAUAGAGCUUCGCGUGCCAGUGGCCACUGUGUGACCAUUCCCGUACGCACCGCCGCGCUCUUCUGUUGUUAGUGGAGCGCCUCAUGCCGCUACUGGCUAGACCACACCUCGCCACAGAUAUGCUGUGCGACAGCCUCGA